AUGGAAGCAUCAAAAGUAUGGAAAUAUUUCAAAAAAAAUAAGGAAUCUGCAAAUGCGCAAUGCCUUAAGUGCCCAAAAACCAUUGCUUGCAAAGGUUCAAAUACUAGCGGGUUGGUGAGACAUUUAACACAUGUGCAUAAAAUCAAUAUUACUAAAUGCAGGACCCAAGAAGAAUCCAAAACUGAAGCAUCUACAAGUUCAGGUGUGAGUGCACCGAAAAAAAGCAGGCCUGGGUAUGAUAGUAAGCAGCAACAGAAACUAAACUUCAAAACUCCACCGAUACAAUCAUUGGGUGAAAUAUUGGCGAGGCUGGCUGCAAUAGACGGCUUUACCAUAAAUGGAAUCACAAAAAGUGAAUUCAUUCGUGAUUCACUUUCUGCUAAAGGAUAUAAACUGCCCAUGUGUGUUAAUGAUGUUAUGAAUCUAAUACUAAAAUACUAUGAGGAUAAGGAUAAAGAAAUAAUGAAAGAACUUUCAGAUAUUUGUUCUUCAGGUAACCGGCUAAGUGUGAGUAUUGACGAGUGGACAAGCAUACGUAACAAACGCUAUUUUAGUAUUAUUUGUCAUACCACAGAAACAACACAUUAUAAUUUGGGGUUAGUCUAUAUACCCGGUAAAUGUGGGGCCGUUGAAGUAAGACAAAUAGUGGAGGAACGCUUGAAACAUUUUGGAGUGAAAUUUGAGAGUGAUGUUGUUGCCGUAACAAGCGAUGGGCCAAAUAUAAUGAAAAAAUUUGGCAGAGAAAGUCCCUGUGAAAUGGUUCUAUGUGUAAAUCAUGCCAUCCAUUUAGCUAUUCUUGACACAUUUUGCAAAAAACAGUCAGAAGUUAGAGCUGCUAGGAAUGCCUUGCAUAACGAUGACGAACACAGCAGCUCCGAUGAACACAGCAGCUCCUAUGAAACCAGCAGCACUGAUAACGAUGAUGAAUCUUAUAUAUCUAAUGAAGAACCUAGAUCGCAAAUAAUUGAUGACAUAAACAAUGUAAUGACUGAGACCCGAUCGAUUAUAAGAUUUUUCAGAAAGAGUCCUCUAAAAACACUGCAGAAACAUGUAGUAGCCGAAUUCGGAGUAGAACUAGUUUUGUUACUCGAUGUCAAAACUAGAUGGAAUUCAAUGCUGACAAUGAUUGAACGUUUCUUGAAAUUAAAAAAUGCAAUCAAAAAGGCAUUGAUAGAUUUAGAUGGCUCACAAAAAUGGAAUGAAGAUAAUAUUACUAUGCUACAAAAACUGCAGGUGAUAUUAACACCAACAAAACUUGCAGUAGAGGCGUUGAGUAGACAAGAUGCCAAUUUAUUGACUGCAGAGGCUAUAAUAGACGUAUUGCUAAAAAAAUUAGAAAGUAUCAAUGAUCCUUUGGCCCUCAAAUUAGUAGAUUCACUUAAGUUGAAAAUAUCAGAGCGCCGUAAUACGUCUCUAAUAUCGCUGCUAAAAUACUUGAACAGCCCUGACAAUUUCAUGCACAAUAAAAGUAACUACUUCAUUGAUAACAAUAAGAUAUUUUUAAUCGGAUACGCUGAAAGAGAAUAUAAUCGUUUAUACCCUGCCAUCACAACUUUGACCGAAAAUGAGUCGGGAGUGGUAGAAGAAGUAAGCCCAUCAGAACCUGAAGCCGAAAGCUUUGAAAUUGAAUUAGAAAAAGCAAUUAAAGGCAUUUCAACAAAUGAGGCGGCAAGUGGCACUGUCAAAAUCUGUAGUAAAGAAAGAGUUCAUACUUUUUGA